AUGGACUCGAGCCAAUGCCACGAGCCGGCGGUCGGAGUGUCGACGGACGGUGAUGAUGGAAUCGCUACAACUCAACCUCGACAAUCAAUUUCAUCCAACACAGCCAACUUAAAAAAUGAGUGUGCCAUUGGCCACCGCGUCCAUGCUGUACGGUCCGUCUUAGCACUGGUCGUUGAUGAAGAAUGCGUCUUUGCUGGGCUGCAAGGUGGAGACAUUGUGGCAUGGUCUUUGGACACAUAUGAACUUGUUUUAUCAGUCAAGGCUCAUGAAGAGAGUGUCCUGGGUCUAUAUCUCUCUGAUGACCGAAAUCUUCUCUUCUCGAGCGGCGGAGACUCUGUGGUCAACGUCUGGUCGACGAGCACUUUUGAGCGCUUGUAUUCAAUAUACACCCACCACGACGUGGGGGACAUAUUCACAGUUGCAUAUUCAUCAGAGCUAAAAACUGUCUACUGUGGAGGCCAAAAUACCAGUCUUCAAUGGUACAAUCUGCUCCGGGAUGCCCAUCCGCCACCACAAAUUGCAACGCAUCCUUCAUGCAGGACACACAAAUUUUUUGACUCGCGAGGACCUGGCGGAAUAGCUCCUCCGGCACGCACAGACAAUCAGUCUCUGAAUGCUCUAUACGAUGGUCAGACCCUUACAUUUAAAAGAGACCAACACAAGCUCUUUGCUCACAAUGGCUACGUGUAUUGCAUGCUCCUCGUUCGUGGGAUUCUCGAAUGCCAGUCUGGCGGAGAGGUCCUUUUUACCGGGUCUGGUGAUGGAUCCGUUAAGUUGUGGGAGCUCAAUCAAGGAACAAACGUCGCGCCCACUGAAAUCGCUUCACUGCAAAAUGGUAGCGAAUCCGUCCUGUCGAUUGCAGUAGAUGGCCCGUUCUUAUACUGCGGACUCACGGGAGGGGCCAUCAACAUAUGGAAUUUGGAUUCUCGCCAGAUCAUCAAAACAAUUACCAGCCACACUGGAGAUCUCUGGGCCAUCGAUAUUAUUAAAGGGAUCAUUGUAAGCGGCGAUGGCGAUGGUAUCGUUAAGAAAUUCAACUCCCGCUUUGAAGAAAUUGGGUCUUGGGCAGCACAUGAUGGAACAAUGCUUGCGUCCGCUGCAGGUGUCGUUAAGGAUAGAUGGAUAUAUGCGACUGGCGGAAACGACAAUUCCGUUGCAAUCUGGGACUUAACAGAGCACCCUGUAGAUUCACAUGAAAUUCCAGCUACCAGCAACGACGAAUUGGUUAAUGCUUUGGCCAAGUUUGUUGGAUUCAAAACAAUUUCAGCGCGGCCCAAGUUCUCCGGAGAAUGCAAUCAAGGCGCCGCGUUUCUGCGUCGACACUGCAUCUACUUGGGCGCUCAAACAAACAUUCUCACCACCGGUCAGAAUACCAAUCCGAUAGUGUUUGCAAAGUUCCCUGCCACCUCUCAGAAUGCCUUAGAUCGCACAGUCUUGUUCUACGGCCAUUAUGAUGUUGUCGGCGCAGAAGCCAACCAGGCCAAGUGGAAUACUGACCCAUUUCAGCUAACAUCCCUCAACGGGUUUCUGUAUGGACGUGGCGUCUCGGAUAAUAAAGGUCCAAUAUUGGCUGCACUAUAUGCGGCAGCAGAGCUAACACAACGGAAAGAGCUGACGUGCAACGUGGUCUUCCUUAUCGAGGGCGAGGAAGAAUCCGGGUCUCAAGGCUUUGCAGAGACGAUCAAGGAGAACAAAGACUUGAUUGGACCGGUUGAUUGGAUACUCCUGGCAAACAGCUACUGGCUUGACGACCAUAUACCAUGUCUAACGUAUGGAUUGAGAGGUGUUAUCCAUGCAAACCUAAUCGUUGCCAGUCAUCACCCUGAUCUUCAUAGCGGCAUUGAUGGAAGUUCACUACUCGAUGAGCCACUCAAGGAUUUGACUAUGCUCCUAAGCACGAUAGUCGGGCCCAAGGGCAAAAUAAAUCUCCCAGGAUUCCAGGAUCCGGUCUUGCCGCUUACCCCCAUUGAGAAACAACGGUACGAUGCAAUCGCGGAAGCGCUUCUGCCACAUCAUCCAGAGAUUGAAGAUGUCGAAUCAUUCACAGCCUCGCUGAUGCAUCGCUGGCGCGAACCAUCACUUACCAUCCACUCAGUGGAAAUCCCAGGCUGCAAGAGUUCCACAACUACGAUAUCACGCAAAGCCAAAGCUACGUUGUCCAUUCGACUCGUGCCAAACCAAAACGCAGAUAAAGUGGCAGAAGACUUAAUCGACUACGCCCAAACCCAAUUUGCCGAUCUCGACUCACAAAACAUUCUCACCGUUGAGAUCACCGGGAAAGCAGACCCCUGGCUGGGUGAUCCGGGCAACGAACUCUUCGAAACCCUCUCCCGUGCCGUCACAGCAGUAUGGUCAGCGAGCACGGAGAGCAGAAAAUACAACAACUACCCACCACCAAUUCCGACCCGACACUUAUCCAAUUCGGGGCUCCCUCGCACGAAUUCUUCCGAUAGCCUGGCUUCUACGUCAAAAAUUGAGCGAAUACUCGCAUCUUCGUCCUCCGUUCCAAACCAUAAAUCCGGCCGGAAAGCGAAAUCAUCACACUUAUCCCCAAUACCCACUUCAUCCACCCUUACCACUGAUCCUACCGAUCCAAAUCAGCCCUCGCAUUCACAGGAGCACGAGACGUCUGAAAACCAUCGAAAAACAGCACCACAGCUCAUCAAGCCUAUCUACAUUCGCGAAGGAGGCUCUAUUCCUACCAUCCGUUUCUUGGAGAAAGAAUUUAAUGCGCCUGCUGCCCAUUUACCUUGUGGACAGGCGAGUGAUAAUGCCCACUUGAGUAAUGAGAGAUUGCGGGUGGAAAACUUGUAUCGAAGCAGGGAGAUCUUCAGGAGAGUGUUUAGGGAGUUAGGUGGCAGUUUGCCGGCCCAUGAAGAGUAGAAUAUUGAGGAAACUUUUUCUCGGGAGUUUCGGGUUGCGGGCAUUUCCAUACUCCGUACUCCAUGCUUUUGAUGUGUGGCGACAUCCUAGAAAUGGGCGGGGAAUUAGCAUCAACAUCGGAGAUUGAAUAUAUCAAAUUGCAAAGUACCUUUCUUUUUCC